UCCUGAGCUUGAAGUUGCUCAUUGCUCUCAGGCAGCCUGACAUGGCACAACGUCAUACCUGCUCCAUGGGGCUGCUCUGCCCUCUCUACCCUCAACAUCACCAGGACUGAGCUGCUGGAAGUAGCACACCACCAUCAUCUUCUCUUCACCAUGGCUCCUUGCCAGGAGGUCAACUUCUCGGAUCUUGUGUUGAACCUGAGCUCCAGCCCUGGCAGCAGCAGUAGCAGCAGUGCAGGUGGGCAUACCCUCAACCUCUCAGAGAAGUGGAUGGUAGGAGCAGCUUUGGCUUUCAUGAUCUUGAUGAUCGUCUUUGGAAAUCUUCUGGUCAUCAUCGCCAUAACCAAAACUCCAAGGUUGCAAACCAUGACCAACGUGUUUAUCACCUCUUUGGCUUGCGCCGACUUGAUCAUGGGAGUUCUGGUGGUGCCACCUGGUGCCACCAUCCUCAUCACUGGGGACUGGCUAUAUGACACCAUUGUUUGUGAGCUGUGGACCUCUGUGGAUGUCCUGUGUGUCACUGCCAGCAUCGAGACUUUGUGUGUCAUUGCUGUGGACAGAUACAUUGCCAUCACUUCACCUUUGAAGUAUGAGAUGUUGGUGACCAAAACCAGGGCAAGGUUGGUAGUUUGCUUUGUAUGGGCAGUAUCUGCCUUGAUCUCCUUCUUGCCCAUCAUGAACCACUGGUGGAGAGAUACCAACAACCAAAUAGCCCAGGACUGUUACAAUGACCCCAAAUGCUGCGAUUUUGUCACCAAUAUGCCCUACGCCAUCAUAUCUUCCACCAUCUCCUUCUAUGUUCCCCUCGUCAUCAUGAUCUUCGUCUAUGUCAGGGUAUUUAUAGUGGCCACCAAACAAGUCAACUUGAUAGAGAAGGACAAGGUGAGAUUUAAUAAUGGAACACCGGUGCCUUCCACCAAAAACAGAAGGACUUCCAAAAGAAGACCCUCAGGGUUAUUGGCCAUCAAAGAACACAAGGCCCUUAAGACUUUGGGCAUCAUCAUGGGCACCUUCACUCUCUGUUGGCUUCCCUUCUUUGUGGCCAACAUCAUCAAAGUCUUCUGCACUGCCUCAAUAGAUGACCAGAUCUUCUUGUUCUUGAACUGGUUGGGCUAUGUGAACUCAGGGCUGAACCCUAUCAUUUAUUGUAGGAGUCCAGAUUUUAGGAAAGCCUUUAAGAAACUUUGCUGUUGCCCCAGGACUGCAGACAGAAAGCUCCACGCUCUGUCUAAGGACCCUAGAAGGUGCCAGUACUCCUCUAGCAACCAGCUAAGCUGUGAUGGGACCAAGCACUUGGCAGAUGCUGAGCUGGGCAAUGGAAGUCUCAGCAGUAGUAGUCGUUGUAGCAGCAGGACUGAGGAGACCAGCCUGAAGAACAGUCCAGGCAACUUCCACCAUCCUGACCGGCCUGACAUGUAAGCCACUGAAUGGAGCCUUCAUUCCAUUGAGUCAAUGGGGGUUGACCCCUGUGUUUUACAGAAGAUGAUGCUUUGCACAAUCUUUACCAGACGGAAAUGACCACGAUCUUCAUGCGUGUUGUCCGUGUGUUUAGCAUGUUCUACGUAAGGAGGCACCAAGAGCAAAUCCCAGACGUGUUUACUUGAUGCUGAGGGUAGAGGUGGCUCCUGACAUGUUAUGUAUGUGUUUUAGAUUCCCCUUUUGUAUCUGAAUUGAGACUACUGUUUC